AUGGUCUCGGCACUGCUGUGGCUCGCUCUAGCGCUCGUGGCGCUGGCGCUGGUCGUCGCCAUCCAGGGCUACGCGCUCACGGUGCUCUUCUUGCGCCUGCUGCUGCACACGUACUUCCGCCGGAUCGCUCUCUACGGUCUCAACCACUUUCCACGAGAGGGACCCGUGAUCUUGUGCCCUAACCACCCGAAUAUGCUCGUCGACGCUGUGCUCGUGAUGACGGAAGUGGCUACACUCGGCCGCAGUCCGUACGUCUGGGCCAAGGGAUCGCUCUUCCGUAAUGCGAUUGCAGCGCUCGUGCUCAGGACACUAGGAGCAGUGCCAGUGUAUCGUCCACGACGUGCAGAGGCGACGCUGGCGGACGUGGACUCGGACAAGAGUCCGGAGGAGCUGGAAGCUGCCAAUCGUGCCAUGUUCGAGCACACGUGGCGAGUGCUUGCGGGCGGGAAUGUCAUGGUGCUCUUCCCUGAAGGGACGUCGUAUACUGCACCUAAGAUGCUGUCACUGCGGACAGGGGUCAUGCGGGUGGCCACGGGGUUUGUCAAGCACUAUGACCAGCCGAUUCCGAUCGUUCCGGUUGGACUCAAUUACUUUAAUAAGGACCGCUUUCGGAGCCAGAUGACGCUCGAGUUUGGCCCGUGUAUGACCAUCACGCCUGCUAUGGUGCACAGCGACGAGUUUGAGAAGAAUGAACACAGUGAAGUAAAGCGCCUGACGCUCGAGCUGGAAAAGUGCAUGCAUGGCGUGACGCUAAACGCGUCCGAGUUUAGCACCAUUGAUGCAGCUCGCAUGAUGCGGCGUUUGUAUUUGAGUACACCUGGUGCCAUCGAUGCCAUGAAUGAACUUCGCUUGACGCAGCAUAUAAUCGACAUGCUGGAGAAAGAGCCACAGGAUGAUGAACACGUGGAGCGAAUGGGCACGAUUCGAGCUAAGGUGUUGCGAUACAAAGAGCAGUUGGAAAAGCUGCGACUAAAGGACCAAGAGUUGAAGAUGUCAGUUCCGAAGGAACAAUCACUUGUGCUGCUUUUUCUGGGACGAGCUCUUUAUCUGCUUGUGCUGCUGUCUCUAGCGCUACCCGGCUUUUUGCUAUACUUCCCCUAUUACUUUAUCGGAACGAAGAUCAACAGUCGCGCGGGAUUUGUAGAAUCCAAAUCGAUGUUGAAGAUUUUUGCUGCCGGUGUUUUGGUGCCCCUGCAUUGGCUCGUACUUCUCCUUGCAACUUGGUAUAUGUUUGGAGCUUCGUUUGUGUACACGUUGGCAGUGGCAUUACCGCUGCUUCUUUACUCGCACAUUCGCAUGCUGGAAGAGAGCCGUUCCAUCGUCGAGAACGUCUACUUCCUCUUUAGCAGUACGGCACAUGCCGACCAGAUCGCGGUGCUACAGAAGGAACGAGAGCUGCUCGCGAAAGAAGUGCGCGAGUUAGUGAUCGCUCACGUGGAUGCCGACUUCCUCUCGGCCAUGCACAAGUCCCUCGCUAACUCAUCUGUGAAACGAUGGCUGCGCCACCGCGCGUCCUCUACCAGCGACACUCUUCUUGCGACAUGA